AUGCAUGAUCCGGUAAUUCUCUCCGAUGGUCACACCUACGAGCGUCGAUACAUCGAGAAGUGGCUCCAGCACAAGGACACUUCCCCUGUGAGUGGGGCGAAGCUGCCACAGAAGUCCUUUGUGCCAAAUCACGCGCUUCGAAAUGCAAUUGAAGAGUACUUCGAGCAGGUGCUAUCUCGUCACCGCGAGGCCAUCCAGCAUACCACGGCUGGCCUGGUCAAGCGGCACGGCAAGUUCAGCUGCAACUCAGCGAUCUUGAGCACCAUCGACUCGCUCAUGCAAUGUUCUAUUCUGUUGAACGUGGACCUCAGUGUGGAGAUGGUCUUGACCCGACUGAUGGACGAGGCUAAAGGCCUUGUGGGUGCCGAAGUGGCCAGUGUCUUCCUGGUUGACAGGCAGCACAAGGAGUUGUACUCUACUGUGAAUUCCACCGGGAAGGAGAUUCGCAUACCCUUCAAUUCUGGAGUGGCUGGAAGUGUGGCUUGUUCAGGCGAGCCACUCAUCAUCAUCGAUGCAUACGCAGACUCCAGAUUCAAUACCGAGAUCGAUCGAAAGACCGGUUUCCAGACGCGCAACAUUCUUUGUGUACCAAUACGAGCCUUUAAGGCAGGCAUCAUUGGGGUGGCCCAGCUGAUCAACAAGACCGCUGGUGGCGUUCUCUCCCUGCAGGGAGAAGCUGCCCGUCCAGCCCAGCGCCUAACUUUCACGCAAGAUGACCAGCUCUUCUUCGAAGUGUUUGCUUCGCAGGCGGGUUCGGCCAUCAUCAGCAGCGGCAUUUCUGAAGAGAUGCCCUUGCCGCCAAACAGUCAACCGCAGGAGGAAAGCGCUUCCUCACAGGAGCCGGUAUCUGCACAGUCAUCAAUGAAGCGACUCCCAACCGAGCCACUGCUUGAUCCAGCCGAGGAGCUGGAGGGGAAGAUGAGACUGCUGCAGCCCGUCCUGGCGGCUGCCAUGCAAAGUUGGACUGCCGACACCUUGACGUUGGGUGAGCUCACAAAGAACCGGCCGCUCUACGUGAUGAGUUUGUCCAUCUUUCGGCAUCUAGGCCUAAUCCAGACUUUCGGUCUAGACGAGACGAAGCUUAAGCGUUUCCUCAUCGAGGUGGAGAAUGGUUACCCACAGAGUAACCGCUAUCACAACUCCGCGCAUGCCGCAUCAGUGGUGCACUUCAUGUAUGCCCUCCUCGUUCAUGGCGGGGUCGCCACGAAGUGCAGUCAAGCGGCGCACAAGGUUCAGGAGGACAUGCGGGUGCCAUUCAUUCAGUUGGCUGGCAUACUCGCAGCCCUCAUGCACGACUUCGAGCACGAAGGGGUCACAAACGAUUUCCACAACAAGACGUUGACAGAGAGAUCGGUGACGUACAACAAUAGGAGUGUCAACGAGCAGCAUCACGUUGCAGCCGCUUUCCGCGUACUCAUGAAGCCAGAAAUGAACUUUCUGGACGGCAUGGGCAGCGACCAAUUCCAAAACCUCAGGUCGGUCGUUGUCGAGAUGGUCCUGGCGACAGACAUGGCUUUGAAUAACGAACUCCUGGCCAACUUCAUACAGACAGCCCAGGCGUUUGGUGCUGAUGGCUUCUCACCUUCCACGGCUGAGGAAGCCUCAAUGGUGCUCAAGUUUGCGCUCAAGUGCGCAGACAUUGGCCACUUGGCGCUGGACUGGCCUGGACACCUACGUUGGGUACAGCGGCUCGAGGAGGAGUUCUUCUUGCAAGGUGACCGCGAGAAGAACUUGAAACUGGACCCUGGCUUCCUCAUGGACCGGGACAAGCCCGGGGUUUCGCAGACCCAAGUUGGUUUUUUUGAAGCCGUCGUGUUGCCCCUUUUCCGGGCAUUUCACCAAGCCUGUCCAAGAGUGCACCCGAUGCUGGAGAUACUCGGCAUGCAAAUCGGGGGCGACUUCGAAAGGAUCCGAAAGGGGUCAAAUGGUUAG